GAAAAGGUGAGAAAAUUAAAAGAGUGCAUAUUACAUAAUCAAAUUUACCGUGUGUGCUAUAGAUAGCUUUGGCCAAUUAUAGUACAUGGAUUCCACCAUUUUUUUACAUCAUACAAUGCAUUAUAGUGAAAGUGUGGCUACUCAGAAUAAACAUGAAGACUGCCAAAUACGUUAAAACAGCAGGCCUAAACCAACAAGAGUAUAUAUAUUAAACAAAUGAUAUACCGGUAGCUAUAGUACAGGAUAGGAGAGUUGUUGAAUAAGAUGCACUACAUCAUCUGCUUACUGGCUUUGCUUUACUGUCAGACUAAUGCUCAGAAAUGUCUUUGUGCAACUAAUGGUGACAGGGAUCUACCAAACUUUGUCAGACCAGGAGGUGGGGGAGAGCCACGGUUUCAGGUCAACCCAAUCCAAGCCAUCGUCACUAGCUACCAGUUUGACUGCUGUGGAGUUGUGACUCAAUGGAGAGCCUUUGUGGAGAGGAGUGGUGGUGCGUUCUUUCAGGAUCAACCUUACACCAUUUCCUUCCAAGUGUGGAGACCCAACUCCCCCUCACCCGUGGACACUGAUGGCUGCUACACUAUGCAAGGCACUAACCAUUUCCCAUCCAUUCCACUGUCUGAUCCUGACACUGCUGACAGAGGAAUAGUGACUGGGGUACCACUAGAGAGUGAGAGGAUUGAGGUCCAACCAGGAGAUGUGGUCGGGUUCUAUCUGGAGAGUAGUAGAAACGAUGAUGAUGGUAUCCAGUUUGCUAGAGAUUUUAACAACACAAGUCCGUACACUGACGAGGCAGUUUGGUUUGCUACUGGUUCACUGACUCCUCGCCCUGAGGCAACUUGCAUGUGUCCUGUCGGCACAUCUGGUCUACUCAGUUCCUCUACUAACCUAGCUCCACUCAUCACAGCAACUGUUUUAAACACGGGCUGCCCUAUAACAACUGCAAGGACAACUGAAGCCACUGUACCCUCUACAGCCACAACUAUAGCACCACCAACCCUACACACCUCACCCACACCCUCACAAACCCUUGACACGACACAAGACCGCAACCCAGGUCUUACUGAAGUCACGGUAACCUCUACAACAACAACUAUAGCACCACCAACCAUACACACCUCACCCACACCCUCUCAACCCCCUGGCAUGACAACAGACGGUAACUCAGAUCCUACUACAGCAGCUGACGAUGUUGGACUCUAUGUGGGAAUAGCAGUACCAGUUGGUCUAGUAAUGAUUGCUGUAACAAUUAUAUUGAUUCUAUUGUUGUUUGUCAUGCACAAGAGAAGAGCUAAACAACACAAGCAAUCAAAAGUGGUUCCCUACCAAGCUACCAAUAGCGGCAACUAUGAAGACAUCAACACUGCCCCGAUAAUUAGCUCUAGCACAGAGGUCCCUUCAACUCAAGAGCACCUCUAUACUACCAUCGAGGAAUCAACUGACUCAAACAGCAACCUAACUCAGAGCAAAGCCUAUGAGGAUGUUAUCACAACCGAUAAUGACUACUACGUGAACGAGGGAAUGGGAGGGAUAAAUGAAGUAACCAUGAAAACAAACGAAGCAUACGGCACAACCAAGCAACCACAGAUGGCUCAGUUAACCUGCAACUACAUCGCCAAUCCUUUAGCUGUAUCACAUGAUCCACCCACGAUACUAAACCAGGCCUAUGGUACCACUAAAAACAGUGGGACAGCAGAAGUGGCAAUGGAUAAGAUAAGAAAUGAAGCCUAUGUUGGAGUGAGACAGUCGAGUUCUGACAAUGACCCCUCAAUACCCACCACAGAGAAUGAGGCAUACACUAGUGUGACUGCUAACACUGAUCCUGAAGAAGCUUAUGACUAUGUUAGACCAUAACAUAUAUAUAUCUUUUUUCUGUAUGUAGCUAUCGAACAAUGUCGGUACCCAAAAGAUCACAGCAUGCAGUAGACUUCAAUUACAGUAUAGCAAAAAACAUAAUUAUAGAUUAACUUGUGUUAACUAUGUACUUUGUUAUUUAUAACUCAACCUAUAAUUUAUGCACGCAUAGAAUUGUGCAAUGUAAAUAAUGUAUGUCAUCAUCAGUUGUGAU